AUGACUGUAACGGACUACAUGUCGACUUCUAGCAGCACAAAAAAUACGGCAUUGAACCGUAAAAGGUCCCACGACGUCCAAGAGGGACGGGUGCACGAGAUUAGAGCGGUGACAUCGUCACACGGCAUUCCGAUCCGGUACGUGGACGCCAGAAGCGCGACUUCGGACAAGCAAGUGCUGGCCGAAAUCGGUUACAAGGAAGAGCUUAAAAGAGAGUUCUCGGCGAUCCAAAUUUUCGGUGUGGCGUUUUCGAUCAUGGGUCUGCUACCGUCGAUUGCGUCAACCUUGGACGGCGGCCUUUACGCAGGACCGGUGGGCUUGAACUGGGGGUGGUUUGUAGCCGGUGGGCUGAUUUUGACCAUCGGUAUCGCGCUGGCCGAAUUAUCGUCGUCGAUUCCCACCGCCGGUGCCGUGUAUAUCUCGUGCUACCAGUGGGCGCCCAAGAGAGUUCGCAAGUGUAUUUCGUACUCUGUCGGUUUUCUGGACACACUGGCGUUGAGUGCCUCGGUGUGUUCGAUUGUAUAUGGUCUUUCGGAGCAGAUCACCUCGGCCGUGGUGGUGACAAAUCCUGAUUUCGUGGUAACCAACGCCAUCAGCUACGGUGUGUUUGCCGCGUGCAUCGUGGUGAUGGCUCUGCUCACUUCGCUGACCUCCAAAUUCACCGCGAAACUACAAACGAUUUCGAUCGUUGCCAACUGUUUUGUGAUCAUACUACUGUUCAUCGUGUUGCCGAUUGGUGUCAAACGCUCCGCUAAGCUCAACCACAGUUUCAACGAUGCCAAAUUCAUUUUCGGAAAACUGGACAAUCUCAGUGACCUGAACGCCGGCUGGAACUGGUGUAUUGAAGGGAUGAUGCCUGCUAUCUGGACGAUUGGGGCCUACGAUUCGUGUCUCCACAUGGCGGAAGAGGCCCGCGAUGCGCCCAAAUCCGUACCUUUCGGUAUUGUGGGCUCUAUUACUGUGUGUUGGAUUCUCGGCUGGGUCGUCUGUAUUGUCUUACUGGCCUGCAUGGACUCUGACGUGAACAACAUUGUCAACUCUGCGUAUGGCCAAGGAAUUACUCAGAUUUUCUACGACGCACUGGGUAAGAGAUGGACUCUAGCCUUUUUGUCGCUGCUGAUUAUUUGCCAGUUCUUGAUGGGUGCCUCUACCGUGAUUGCCAAUUCAAGACAGUUCUGGGCAUUUGCCAGAGACGACGCCAUGCCAUUCAGCAAUUUCUUCAAGAAGGUGAACAAAUUUAGCGCGGUUCCCAUCCGUGCCGUCUGGGGGUCCAGCGCGUUGGCUCUUGCUCUCGGAUGUUUGUGUUUUGCCGGGGACACCGCCGCCAAUGCUCUUUUCAGUUUGUCCGUGGCCGGCAUGUACAUGGCAUUAAUCUUCCCCAUUACCUUAAGACUUACUUACGGUAAAAAUGAUUUCAGACCAGGUCCUUUCUACUUGGGCGAUUUCUGGUCUCCUGUGAUCAAUUGGAUUUCCGUCUUCUUUCAAGCCUUUGUCAUUAUCAUGAUGAUGUUCCCUUACGACAAGGAGGUCGACCCCUCCAGCAUGAACUAUACUGUAGUUAUCGGACCUGGAUUCUGGGUACUUUCUCUAAUAUACUACUUCGUGUGGCAGCGCAAGUUUUACAAGGGACCAAAGUCGAACUUGUCCGACGAAGAGUUCCGCGAAUACGUUGGUGAAGAUGUAAUCGAUGCCAUGAUCUCUCAUGACAAUGAUAUUGUCAAGGAUAGGAUGGUUUAA